AUGGUCAAUUGCGAUAAGUGUUUUAAAGAUGACGAAGAAACAGUGCCAGCUACACAUAACUGCAAACAAUGCAACAUGAACUUUUGUGAUUCUCAUACAACACUACAUAAUUCUGCUAACAAGACUAAAUCCCACACGCCAGAUGUCGUCCAGUUGGAAGUAGCUGUAAAGAAUUGUGAAAAAUGUUUGAAAGACGAACAAGAAACUGUUCCAGCAACACAUUUUUGCAAAUCAUGCAAUGCAAGCUUGUGCCAGGCUCACUUAACUUUGCACAAUACAUCAAACAAGACAAAGUCUCAUGUCAAUGACAUUAUUCAAUUAACUAGCUCACCUCUCACUUCGUUUAUUCCAUUCAGUGGAGCUUUUGAACAUAUUGCAACUCUUGGCGAACAAGAACCAGUCAAUUUUCAGUUCUCCAGAGUUGCUGCCAUCACUAUCGAUCCAGUCAACCGUUCCUUAUUCGUCUCUGAUAAGAAUACCUUCUUGGAAUUUGAUUUGAAAACCAAAAAGCUGAAAAACCAAUUCAAAGAACCCCAAAACAGAGAAAACAAAAUGUUAAAUUAUGAUCCAAAAGAUGAUGCCCUAAUUUACAUGAUUCACAGAUGUAGCUCAGCACUUAUUGUAAAAACUUCCAGAGAUGGAAAGAUGAUUUAUUGGGAAACCGCUGUGGGAGUUGUUAAAGGAAUUACUGUUGAUAGAAAGGAUGGAACUGUUUAUGUGCUACAAAAGAAUGGAGUUGACUUUUUGUCACCUACCAAUGGGGCAAUUGUAAAAUCUUUAAGAAAUGACAUUAAUGGAAAGAGCAUUUUUGAAAUGCAGAAUAUUGAUAGUAUUGGAAUUAAUCAUGAUAAUGAUUUGGUGCUUAUUGAUCAGUAUAAUAUUAUAGUUUCGAAUAAGAAUGGAAAAAUUUUAAAGAAACAUACCAAGCACUCUACUGUUUUGCAUGUAAGACCACAAUUUGAACCAGUUACCAAUAGAAUAUUUUGUGUUUCGUCUGGAAUCGUUUUUAUGAAUGAAGACGGCACCUGUGUCACUAACUUUGAAAAUGAGAAAUCUCAAAAGUAUAGAUUUAACUUGUUUUAUCCUGAGAAUAAUCUCCUCACACGAGAGGAAUCAUACAUGGAGGAUGAAGAUAGUGGACAAGUGAUACAAAUUGGACAACAUCCUUUCUACACAUUAAAGAUGAUUAAGAAGGAACAUGAAAAAUCAUCAAUUAAGGAACAUGUUGAUAUGUAUGCUCUCACUACACAGAUUGGACAAUAUUUUCAAAGGAGAGUUGUAUUUGAUGAAAUAUUAAAAAAGCCAGAUGAGUCAAUCGAUGAUGAUUUCUUUAAUAAGGUUGCAUUGUGUAAGGAUUUUGAGAAUGGACUUCCAGUUCAUUUGGAUAAUCAUAAUGCUGAUAGUAGAAAGCUGACGAUUGUUUAUUAUACAACUCCAUAUGUGGAUAAUCAAGAGGAGAAACAACAAAUGGAAAAGAAAUAUAAAGGAUUUCAAUUUGAGGAGAGAAAUUGGGAAGGUGGAUUAUUGAGAGUUUACAAACCAUCAACCAAGUUGUAUAUUAAUUAUUGGGAAACUGAGAAGGAAGAUAUUGAACCUAAAUUCAAUAGAGCUGUCCUCUUUUACAGUGAUACCAUAGUUCACACAGUUACAGAGACGAAACCAAAGGCAAAUUUGAAUCAAAUUGUUAAUAAUACUGAAAUGCAUCCACCUCGAACAACAAUCACCACAUGGAUCCAUUGCAAUGACAUGUCCUUCAUUUGUCGAGAUAGGGUCCUAUUCCAAAGACAAAUGAUCAAAUUCUUCCAGAACUAA